AUGGUGGCGUUUAUGGAAGAGGUCACCCUCGAAAAAGACUGGGACACAAAUGUUUUUCUAGACUCAAUCAUCAAAGAAUGGAAGGCACAUGCCAUGACGAGGAACUGGCAGCAAUAUGCCGGAAUCCGCCACGGUGACUUCACGGAAACCAUGUUUGAAUGCUGUAUUGAUGAGUUGCAAGAGAAGGCCGAAAUUUACAGGCAAACGGGGAUCGUUGCAGUACUCGAUAUUGCUGUCCGUCUUGCGAGGUCGGACAGGGUCAUUCCGCCAGAAUUACAGCAAUCGCUAAAGAUCGCCGCGAUUGACAUUGAGCGGACUACAUCUUUUAAAACAUACAAGAACAUCAGGACAAAAAAUACGCAAAUUGAAACAACUGACUCAACCUCGGCCAACACAGCGAUACAACUCAUCGAUCCAACCUUAUACCCGCUCAUCUACGGUCGCUCAAGGGUUUUGCCUGACAAAGAGAUCGGUCUCGACGACUGCCUCCGUCACAUGAGCAAAGGGAACACAGUACCUAUGCCCGAUGAUACUAGUAGGACGGAAGAUUGCGAUGAUGCUCCGUACCGUGUGUGGUCAGGCAAAUCUCAAUGGCUACCGUGCAACGUCGAGUUCCCUGACGGCAAGAACGCGAAAAUCAACAGCUACAUUAACAACCUUCAUCUAAGGCACCACGCGGACGUAUACAAACACCUCGAAAAAUUCAUUACGAACAUAAUGCCACUCUGGAAUCUUGUCUACUGUACAGUAUACGAGGACACCAUACCUUGCGACAUGCGCAUAUUCUGGCAAGAAGCCUAUCGAAGUUUUCCAGGAGAAGCGCCCUAUGACCCGUUGAACAUUAAAGACGACUUGAUGAACGGCUUGAUUGACGAUGACGAGUGGCAAAGGCGAACGGAGGAGUGGCUACACGAUCACAGUGUCACCGAUCGGCCGGAGCCUCGACGCAAAAAUGAUAGAAGCUACGUACAGGAUAGCCCAGUUACAUGCGAGUCACUGGCCGACAACACGGUUAUGCUCGGUAACUCAGGGGCCAUUCAAGUAAUCGUUAAGAUGGAAACAAUACACCUGACGCCAGGAAGCCCCGUACACGACUUGCGUGAUGGUUUCAUUUUGGACGGGGUUCUUAACGACCAUAUCGUGGCAACUGCCCUUCAUUUCUUCGACGACGAGAAUGUUACAGAUUCUCGAAUACGUUUCAAAUCCAGAUUUCAGGGUUUAAACUUCGAGGAGGAUUGUGGCUAUAAUGACGGGGAUUUUGCAUGCGUUGAUGAGAUUUUCGGAUUCAGGAGGAGCAAAUUUCCAUCCCUCCAGGAUGUUGGGUUCGUCACUAUGCGUGAAGGCCUGACGCUGGUAUACCCCAACAUCUUGCAACACAAACAUUCUUCAUUCCAGCUGAAAGAUGCAACGAGGCCCGGACACAGGAAGAUUUUGACGCUACAUCUGGUUGACCCACGAGUCAAAGUCUUGUCUACGGCGAACGUGCCGCCUCAGCAGGCUGACUGGUGGGCUGGUGAGUUUUCGACAAGCCAGGGUCAAAUGAACGUUCUGCCCAAGGAGUUGGUUGACAUCAUUGUGGACAAUGUAUCGGAUUUUCCCAUACCAAAGGAAGAGGCCCUGCGUCUCAGAGACGAAAUGCUUGCGGAGAGAGCAGAGUUAUCCGACAAAGUUCGAAGCAUACUCUCUUCAUACAAGGUAAAACUAGGUUGGUUUACUGAUAGCGAAGACGACAGUGGUGGCAGUGAGGAUGAAUUUUGA